AUGGGAGUGCACAUAAACUCGUACCAAAGUCUUCCCGUUCCUGGAGCCACAGUUUUUAUAGCCACACUACUCUUUUCCUUUAAGGACGCAUAUACAUAUUUCAUCACAAAGCAACUAUCGAAUAAAAGAUAUAGCCAAGUGACUUUUCCACAAACAAAUAGUUAUUCAAGGCCUGCUUCCAGUACCAUGAAUUUGUUUGAUCCGUGCUUAUCACACGACACAACUUCAAACAAAACCACACAAAAUCUAACGGCAAUCCUCCAGAAAGGGGUUUCUGCACCAGAAAACGAAUCCGAGCAGUGGAAUGAGCCGGAAAAAGAAAUCAUCAGUGACUGCAAGGCGGAGAAUGAAGACCAGCUGGUGGUCACGCUGUUUUUAGCCAAACACAUUACGGAUCACUCCAAUAUCCCAAAAGACAACAUACACAAAUUUUGCUACCGCCACAAUCCAGACAUCGUAUGCAACAAGCAAGCAGAUGCUGCUAAAAUGAAGAGCAUCCAGAGCGAGCUUGAGAAACUUCCUUUGCGUGACCAGGAGGCCGUUAGUCACGUAUGGCUGAUCUUCUCUGCUGCCCCACACGCACACCGUCUGUUAAUCUUGCGUGGUUUGCUCAGUCAAUGUUGUUUCCCCCAGCUCUCAACCAUCUCUCAGGAAAUCAGCCAACUCGUGAGGAUAGACUUUAUAGCGACACUCCCGGUGGAGAUUUCCCUCAAAAUUUUGUGUUACUUGGAUUGUCAAUCGCUCUGCAAUGCGGCACAAGUUUCACGCAAAUGGAAAGAACUUGCGGACGACGACCGUGUUUGGCACCACAUGUGUGAACAACAUAUUGACCGCAAGUGUCCAAACUGCGGUUGGGGUUUACCAUUGAUGCACAUGAAGCGAGCCCGCGAGAUCUGUGAAACAGAGCCUGAUGCUAAGCGCCGCAAAACGAAAAGACCAUGGAAAAGCGUCUAUAGUGAACGGUAUCUGCUCGAAAAAAAUUGGCGGAAUGGUACUUACACGAUUCAACAGUUCCAGGGGCAUACCGAUGGCGUUACGUGUCUUCGCUUCAACCGUAAGUAUCUCAUAUCGGGUUCGUACGAUGCUACGGUGAAAGUAUGGGAUGUGGAUUCUGGAACCUGUAUCCGCACGUUAACGGGCCAUCAAAAGGGUGUGAGGGCAUUGGUUUUCGACUCGCAAAAGUUGAUCACGGGUGGCUUGGACCUGACCAUCAAAGUAUGGAAUUAUCACACUGGUGAGUGUAUCUCAACAUACCGCGGCCACGAUGAUGCUGUAUCCAGUGUUGAUUUUUCCAACAAAACGAUUGUUUCUGGACUGGCUGACUGCACAGUGAAGGUGUGGCAUGUGGACUCUCGAACUUGUUACACGCUUCGAGGCCAUAGCGACAGUGUCAACUGUGUCAAGAUCGAUGUAGCAUCAAACACGGUUUUUUCUGCUUCGGAUGACACAACAGUGAAAAUGUGGGAUUUAGCCACAAACCAGUGUCUUCGUGUUUUUGGCGGUGUGGGUAGUAAUGGCCAUGUUGGACAAGUUGAAACAGUGAUUCCAUUUGUGUACAAGGGCGGUGAUUUGAUAACGGAUUCUAAUGAGAGCGACAGUGAGGGCGCGGGCCGCCCAUCACGCCAGGAGGAGAACACAUCCGUUUGCAGCGAGCUUCCUGAGGAUGGAAAUUAUCCAACUCACAUAUUAACCUCUCUGUUGGAUAAUACCAUCAAGUUGUGGGACGUCCGCACAGGAAAAUGUAUACGUACGCAAUUUGGUCACAUUGAGGGAGUAUGGUCAAUCCUGGCUGACACUUUCCGCAUUGUUCUGGGUGCUCACGACAGGUUGGUAAAAGUAUGGGACUUGCAAGAUGGAAAAUGCUUGCAUACGUUUGGGAACAAUGCCAGCGUGAGCUGUGUUGGAUUAUCAAGCCACAGUUUCGCGGCAGGUUUGGAGAAUGGGAACAUCAAGAUGUAUAACUUCAGUUAG